AUGGGGGUGCUGAGGGUACAAACCCCUCUCCCAGCACCUCUGGAGCUGGGUCAGGGCUCCCUGCCACCGUGCCUGGGCCUGGCCGACGGGGGGAUCGACCUGAAUAUGGAGCAGGGGAUGGCAGAGCACCUCAAGGAUGUCAUCCUGCUGACAGCCAUGGUCCAGGUGCUCAGCUGCUUCUCACUCUAUGUCUGGUACUUCUGGCUCUUGGCUCCGGGCCGUGCUCUCUACCUGCUGUGGGUGAACAUCCUGGGGCCCUGGCUCUCGGCCGAGGCCUCUCCCGCCACGCAGGAGCCCAGCGAGAAGAAGCAGCGGCGCCAGGAGCGGCGCCAGAUGAAACGCUUCUAG